AUGAGCAGGCAAUUUAGUUCGAGGUCCGGUGGUGGGGUCAGGAUGUCCCAUGGCUACAGUUCUUCCACCAUUACUGUUCCUGGGAGGUCAAAAAGCAGCUUCAGUUCAGUCUCUUUAUCCCGGGGUGGGAGAGGGAGCUUAGGUGUAGGGUUAGGGGGUGGCUUUGGUAGCAGAAGCCUCUACAACCUAGGGGGCACCAAGAGGACCUCCAUCAGUGUUAGUGGAGGAGGGGUUUUUCUGGGUGGUGGACUUGGUGGUGGCGGUGGAGGUGGCUAUGGUGGAGGUGGUUUUGGUGGAGGUGGUUUUGGCAGUGGAGGAUUUGGAGGUGGGGGAUAUGGAGGAGGAGGAUAUGGAACAGGGGGUUAUGGCUUGGCAUUGGGAGUGGGAGGGUUUGGUGGUGGAAGAAUGGCCCCUGUUGUUCCUCCUGGAGGCAUCCAGCCGGUCUCUGUCAAUCCCAGCCUCCUGUCUCCACUCAACUUAGAGAUUGACCCCGAGAUCCAAAAGGUACGCGUGCAGGAAAGAGAGCAGAUUAAGACCCUCAACAACAAGUUUGCUUCCUUCAUUGACAAGGUGCGGUUUCUGGAACAACAGAAUAAGGUUCUGGAGACCAAAUGGAACCUUCUACAGCAACAUGGCAGCACAGGCACUAAAAUCAAAAUUGAUCCUCUGUUUGAGACUUAUAUCUCUAACCUCAAGCAUCAGCUGGACUGUCUGGUUGGAGAUCGAGGGAGACUGGAUGGAGAGUUAAGAAACACUCAAGAUCUUGUUGAAGAUUAUAGAAAGAAAUAUGAAGAUGAAAUCAACAAGCGCACUGCUGAUGAAAAUGAAUUUGUCAACAUCAAGAAGAAUGUUGAUGGUGGCUUUAUGCAUAAGAUAGAACUGCGUGCAAAGGCUGAUGGUCUGACUGAUGAGAUCAACUUUCUGAAAACCCUAUAUGAGAUUGAACUGUCUCAGAUCCAAGGGCAGGUCAGUGACACUAACGUUGUUCUACAAAUGGACAACAACAGAGAUCUAGACCUCAACAGUAUCAUUUCUGAAGUGAAAGCACAAUACGAAGACAUUGCUAACAGAAGUCGGGCUGAAGCUGAAGCUUGGUACCAAAGCAAGUUUCAAGAACUUCAGAGUACAGCUGUCAGUCAUGGUGAUGACUUGAAAAACAUUAAGAAUGAGAUUGCAGAGCUCCAGCGGAUCAUCCAGAGGCUACAAGUAGAAAUUGAUAAUGCGAAAAAACAGAAUGCUAGACUCGAGGCAGCAAUUGCUGAUGCUGAAGAACGAGGGGAGUUGGCCUUGAAAGAUGCCAGAGUAAAACUGACGGAUCUGCAACAUGCCCUACAAAGCGCCAAAGAUGAGCUGGCACGUCUGCUGCGGGAUUAUCAGGAGCUGAUGAAUGUCAAAUUGGCCCUGGAUAUUGAGAUUGCUACAUACAGGACUCUGCUGGAAGGGGAGGAGUGCAGGAUGUCUGGAGAACUCACCACCCCUGUCAGCAUGUCGGUGGUCAGCAGCUCUUCUACCAUAGGCGGAAGCAGUUAUGGCCAUGGAGGUGGUGGUGGAAGUCGAGUGAGCAGUGGAGGAUUUGGCCUGGGUGGUGGUGGAGGCCUUGGUCUUGGCCUUGGUCUUGGAAUGGGUGGUGGAGGUGGUGGGGGUUAUGGCAUGAGCAGUGGUAUUACUGCUGGAGGGAGCAGCUACAGUUCUGGAAGUGCUCGAGGCUUUGGUGGGGGAUUGAGUACUGGAGGAGGAGGAGGAAGUGGGAGCUCUUCAAGCAUGAAAUAUGUAUCAACAUCCUCAUCCUCAAGCAAGAAAGUAGCUAGAUAA